AUGCAAGACGAAGGACACGAGUAAUUUUUAUGAAGAUUUUCGUCACUAUUAGACGACAUAGAAAGCCAAAAUAUAGCCCCGAUACAAGAAAGUUAUCAGCAAAUCCUUAACAAAUUUGGGAGUGUAGGGAUCCGGGCCUGAAAAAAUAUUUUAAAUGAUUUAAGCAUACAAUACAGCAUUGAUUUGAGCCCUAUAUUGAAUGAGCUGAAAUCUCAAAGCAAUGAUGAGUAUUUUUUAUGUAGUCAUUUUCCAAUUGAAAAUAUAUUGGAAAUAAUCAAAAAUUAUUGUAAAGCAAAAUUAAUGGAACAGCCGAAACGGUCACCUCCGAAGAUUGGAAGUAGAAGCAGCAUAAGAAAAGCUAGCGAAAGAUAUGGUGAAUGGUAAUAUUUAAUAUAAAAUAUUUUAUAAAAAUAUUUAUUAAUUAUAGAAAAUAGGUAUUGAAUUUUUAUUUUUUAAUUUUUUUUUUAAUUUAAAUAAUUUAUAUUGAGUCUGACAUUGAUGAGAAAUUUGCAUUGGAAAACCCUGAAUUUCAGAAUAAAAAGAAUUUUGAUGAGUUUGUUAGAAGACUUAAUUUGAAUAAAGCUUGGCUAGGCAGCACAUUAAGCACGAUAAGUCUAUAUGAAUUAUUUGAUGAGCUUCUUGCUAAAUGCAAAGUAAAUGCAACACUCAAUCAAAUAAAAGGCUUUAAGGAGCAGUUACAAAGCUAUAUAAAAAAAGAAAACCCAUCAUUUGACUAUGAGCCGUUUAUUAUGCCAGAAAUCGACAAAAUGCUUGAAAAUGAAGAAAAAGAUACAAAUGAGAAGCCAAAAAUUGACCAAGUUUCUCUAGAAGACUUUAUAAAAUUGAUUAAAAACUGGUUUAAAUUUGAAAACCCAGAACUAUUACCAUAUCAAAAAAAUCCUUCAACUAAGCAAAGUUUACAGCCUAGUUUUGUCUCAAAAUUUUCAGAAAUCAGCCUUACUCCUAUGAAUAAUUCUCAAAAUACAACCCAGCCAUUAGAUUUCCAGCAGAAACUUAUCCAGACAAUUUCUGAAUACGAAAUGAUCAGAGCCCAAAAAUUGCAAAAUAAUGAGGACGUCUCAAUUAUUGAUAAUCUAAUUGGAACUUUAAAAAAUCAGCUUAAAAAAGCUCCAAGUACUUCAAAAUCAAAAAAAGAAAAAACUUUUGAAGAACGCUGUCUAAGUGGUCUCCAUGAAAUUUUUUCCUACUAUGCUGUCCAGCAGAAACUUCUAGGAAAAACCCCAACUUUUGACGCAAUUCAAAAAAAUUCUGAAACACUUAAUAUAGGGAAAUAUUUAAAAUUUUGUAGAGAUUUUGGGCUUAUCGAUAAACAUCGCUCGUCAGAAAAAAAGUUUAUAACCCAACAAACAGCACAAAAAAUUUUUGCAAAAUACUCGGUUUUGCAAAAAGAGAUGGAUGAAGCUAUAACAUAUUUAUUGAUUAAAAAAAUAUUUUUAUUAUUUUUGAUUAUAUAAUAAAGUAUGCCAAUCAAGCUAAAAAGAAUAAUUUUAUCCAAUCUUUAAUGCUAAUGGCACAAUUUUAUUUUGAUGCAGAGUAUGAUAAAAUUUAUGGGACAGAUUAUAAGUCUCUUACCCCAGAUGAAAAGAAAAUCCAAUUUUUCGAGCUCAUUGGCUGCCAUGACGCUCAGAUUUUUUCUCAAAGAUUAAAAGGGUUUAUAAGGCCUUUUGACUCUGAAGUACCCUCAAGGCUGCCAGAAAAUGAUAUAAGCAAAAGAUAUAAGUUUCAACCUGUGAAAACUCAGCAGCAAAAACAAAUGGUUGAGGAAUGAAAAAAACAAAAAGACACUGAAAGGAAGCAGCAGCAAUCCUCUAUAAUGGAAAAAUCUACACGUAUAAAAAUUUCGUCCUGUGAGCCAGCGCCUGCAGAUGCUAUUGCGACAGUCCACCAAAUUCCUGCACCUGAAGGGUAUAGGGCCUUCCUAUAGAUGGCGCGCAAUGCGCCAUCACCGAGCCAUGUCGGAGAGAGGUUCCACACGAGGAAUGGUUCUACGUGUGGAACCCUCUCCCGACAUGGCUCGGUGAUGGCGCAUUGCGCGCCAUCUAUAGGAAGCCCUAUAUAAAAACAAAAUGAUGAAAAAAAAUGAAACUGUUACAUGAAAAGGGUUAGGGGAAAUGACUGUAAAUGAUUUAUUAAAAUGGUGCAAUUUUUUAGUCAAAGAAUUGGUUUUUUUAUACAUUAUAAGGCUUUUUUCAUUGAAAAAAUCUUUUUCCAAAUAAAAAGCAUCAUCAAGCUAUUAAAAGAUGAAGAAUUCAAUUAUGACACAUUAAUUGCUGACAGCAAUGACAGCGGUGAUGAGUUUCUAAAAAAGCAAUACCCCCUGCCAAAAUCUCAAUCCCAAGCAGUCCUUGAAAUAAAUCCAAAAAUAUCAUACAAAAAAGAAGUUCUCCAAAACCAUAACGAAGCACGGCAUUUAAAAAGCCUGACAAAUAAGACACUUCAAAGAGCUGAUGAACUGUUAGAAGCAGCCAGAAAAUCUGAAGAUAGUCGGAUACAGCGAGGGUUAAAAUUAGUUGAUGCAAGAAUGAACCGAAUGAACCAAUACGCUGCUAAAUUAAGAAAGGGUAAUUAA